AUGAAUAUUAGUUCAAGUAGUGAAUUUAGUGAGGAAGAUCCAUAUGCAGAUUCUGGGACUGACUAUGUUUUAUCGGAUUUCUCCAACUCUGAUGUUCCGGGUCCUAGUCGACGUCGAUCAAAGCAUUUUUUACGUGUAGGAAGUCAAAAAACCAUAGUAUGUAAAAAGGCAUUCUGUAUUUUGCAUGAAGUAUCAAAAAAUAGAGUGUCUCAGAUUGCCAAAAAUCUUACUCUGGGUAGUAUUAUGUCACCUUCCGAUAAUCUUGGGAAGCAGUCCAAUAGACCAAACAAAAUCAGUGAAUCAAUAAUACCGCAAAUCGGGGAACAUAUGCGGAGUUUUCCCAGAAGAAAAUCUCAUUAUAGUAGGAAACAUAAUCAGAAAAGGUACGUUUUAUCUCCUGAGUUCAAGAAUGUUGCAAAAAUGCAUCGCCUGUACCUUAAAAAAUAUGGGCCGGAAAAAUAUGUUCUAGAAGAUGGGAAAGAUUUAAAGGUGAUUAGGCUACUAGUUACAUAUGAUUUUUAUCACCGGCAAUUUAAUCUCAAUCAUAAUCUUAAUAUCGGUCAUCCCAGAUCAGAUGCUUACCAGAAAUGUGACCGCUUAAACAACACAAUUGCCGCAGUAGUCAGUGCAGAAACUAAAACCCUAUUGGAAACUGAAAAGCGUCUACACUUACUGAAGGCCGAAAUAUUUUAUACCAAAUGA